AGCGCAGGCAGCUGGGGAAGGCAGCUCUGCUAUCAGCAGGGCCAGGCGAGGCCCGGCCGGCCAUGGCCUCGGGGGGGCCCGGGGAGCGGCUGUGCGAGGAGGCCAGGUGCCCAGUGUGCCUGGAUUUCCUGCAGAAACCGGUCAGUGUGGACUGCGGCCACAGCUUCUGCCUCAGAUGCAUCUCCGAGUUCUGCGAGAAGUCCGACAGUGCACAGAGCGGCCUCUAUGCCUGUCCGCAGUGCCGGGGUCCCUUCAGGCUGGAGAGCUUCCGCCCCAACAGGCAGCUGGCCAGCCUGGUAGACAGCGUGCGGCAGCUGGGGCUCGGCGCGGGGCCCUCGGGGGCGCGCCUGUGUGCGAGGCACGGCGAGGAGCUGAGUCGCUUCUGUGAGGAAGACCAGGAGGCUCUGUGCUGGGUCUGUGACACCACCCCGGAGCACAGGAGCCACCGCACAACACCGCUGCAGGAGGCCGCCAGGUGCUACCAGGUAAAGCUCCAGAUGGCCCAGGAACAUGUGAGGAAAGAGAUGGAGGAAGCCUUGACUCAGGAGGCCAAUGUGGGAAAGAAAACUGUCAUUUGGAAGGAGAAAGUGGAAACGCAGAGGCAACGCUUCAGGUUGGAGUUUGAAAAGUAUCGUGGCUUACUAGCCCUGGAGGAGCAACUGCAGCUUAGAAGACUGGAGGAGGAGGAGCGAGCCACCCUGCAGAGACUGCGGGAGAGCAAGAACCGGCUGGUUCAUCAGAGCAGGGCCUUGAAGGAUCUGGCAGAGGAGCUGGAGGAGAGGUGCCAGCGCCCAGCCCUGGGUCUGCUGGAGGGUGCAGGAGGAGCCUUGAGCCGAAGUAAGAGUGUUACACGGCUGGAUCCGGAGACCAUCCCCAUGGAGCUGAAGACAAUGUGUCGCAUCCCUGGGAUGAGGGAAAUGUUGAGAAAGUUCCAAGUUGACAUAAAACUGGAUCCCGCCACAGCACAUCCUAGCCUCCUCUUGACUGCUGACCUGCGCAGUGUGCAGGAUGGAGAACUAUGGAGGGAUGUCCCCAACAACCCUGAACGAUUUGACACAUGGCCUUGUAUCCUGGGUUUGCAGAACUUCUCAUCAGGGAGGCAUUACUGGGAAGUCGUGGUGGGAGAAAAAGCAGAAUGGGGGUUAGGUGUCUGUCAAGACACGGUGUCAAGAAAGGGGGAAACCACACCAUCUCCUGAGAACGGGGUCUGGGCCAUGUGGCUACUGAAAGGGAGUGAGUACAUGGUCCUUGCCUCUCCAUCAGUUCCUCUCCUCCACCUGGAACGGCCUCGCUGCAUUGGGAUUUUCUUGGACUAUGAAGCAGGUGAAAUCUCCUUUUACAACAUCACAAAUGGGUCUUAUAUUUACACGUUCAAUCACCUUUUCUCUGGUUUUCUUCGACCUUAUUUUUUCAUUUGUGACACGACUCCUCUUAUCUUACCACCUAUGACAGAAGUGGAGUUAGAAAAUUGGGCAUCCAGCGGUCAUUUUCACCCUGCUUCUAACAUUACAGACGAUCCUUCCUAAAAUUCUGUUGCUAAGCUACACCCCAAGCCUAGCAAAGUUUCCUGGAGUAGAAUGGAGGGUAUAGAUAUGUGAAGGCUCAACAGAUGUCCCCAUUUAGGUCAGCACUUCAUUCCUUGUCACUAUGGACCUUUUCCCAUGGGGCAAAAGAGAAAAUAUAAAAUAUUUGUGUUUGGACAAGGAUUGUAUAGCAUAGUAAUUUUAGAAAUGGAGCAGUCUUACCACUCUUUUUCCCAAAUGGCUCCACAUACUUUCUUGAUGUGUUUUCUUCAAAUGAAUGGACCUCGUAUUAAAGAUAUCUAUACAUUUAUUUUAAUGUCUCAUUCCUUUUAAAAUCUCUUCAUUCCAAUCUUCCAUAUAUUAAGAAUUAGA